GUACGCUAUAUCGAGGUAUCACCCCCAGCCGGGUGGCAGACGAUGAAUAAGACCGUGCACGAAUUCGACCAAGACAAGGUCCAGGACUGUAAGGAAGACAUUGACACACUUCUAGUAUUUACCGGUCUGUACUCGGCCGUCCUAUCAGCUUUCGUCAUCGAGUCAUAUACAGACCUCCAGCCCGACCCAAACACUCAGAUGACCUUCCUACUCGAGCGCAUCGCCAAUCAGACACAGAGCUACUCCAUCACAUCCGGGACCCUCAACUCCACCGCCCAGCCGCCAUCUCCGCCUCCCCAGUUCACGGCUCCGCUAUGGGCCGUCCGUGUCAACGGCCUGUGGUUCGCGAGCCUCAUCAUCAGUCUCGCGACAGCGUCAUUCAGCAUGCUGGUCAAGCAGUGGUUGCGCGAGUAUCUCGCAUCCGAAUACACUUCACCACAGGAGCGCCUGCGUGCACGCCAGUACCGCAAACCAGGACUGGGGAAGUGGAAGGUCUUCGAGAUCGCGGCUGUGCUUCCGAUGCUUCUCCAACUGUCGCUCGGCCUGUUCUUCCUUGGCCUCUGCUUCUUCACGGCAAAUGUCGACGACCAGAUGGGCCUCACGUGCAUACCGCUGGUCUCUGGCUGGGCGUUCCUCUUUGUUGCAGCUACACUCGCACCUCUUGUCUCGCCACGAUGCCCAUACAAGAUGCCGCUGCUCAAGUCUGUCAUGCGGACCGCGAGA